AUGACGGAUCGUGCUGUUAAGUCUGGUUUGGCUUUGGAGGCUCAGCGUAAAGUACACGGAAAAUAUGAUAGUAUAUUAGCUGGUCAAUUACUUCAAUGGAUUGCGCAUCUUACUGCAAAAGAUUUCUCUACUGAAGGCGAAGUGAAAAAUUUCUUGGAAGUUUUAAAAGACGGGACCGUAUUAUGCAACCUUGCGAAUGCAUUAUCUGCGGGCUCAGUGAGAAAAAUGAAUAAUAGCUCUAUGGCUUUUAAGCAGAUGGAAAAUAUUUCAUUCUUUUUAUCAUUUGCCGAGAAAUAUAUCGCCAAAUCAGAGCUCUUCCAAACAGUUGAUUUAUUCGAGGGUCAAGAUCCGAAUGCUGUUGUGAUUUGUCUUUCAUCAUUGGCGAGAAAAGCUGAAGAGCUGUUUGGAAAACCUGGAUUGGGCCCCAAAGAAGCAAAAGGUGAAAAACGUGAAUGGUCCGAAGAGAAACUCCGUGCAGGUGAAACAAUUAUUGGACUUCAGAUGGGUACGAAUAAAGGUGCAAAUGCCUCUGGUAUUAAUAUGGGUAAUACUCGUCAUAUGUAG